AUGCUGCGCAUUUUGUCGGCAACCUCGGGUGCUGAUGUGGUGGCUUUGGAUGCUGACAGGCUUCAGGACUUGAUUGAAAGCAAAGGAAGCGACACAGUGCGAGCUGUCAAGAUAUUCCUGUCGGAAGAGUACUUCCCUGGCAACUCCAGGUUUCGUCUGAGAUUGUUGGAUGCGGAUGGCGAAGUUUCAUCCGCUGCGCUCGCAGAUGACGUUUCAGUGGUGAUUCCGAUGAAUCUGCAAUUGGUGAUCCUCGAUUUUUACCCUGCAGAUCCCAACGAUGUUCAGAGACUCCUGACGGCGUGUGCUGAAAGGAAGCUAGAUGAAGUGGAAGAGAUCCUGCAACGCCCCCAAGAUCCAAACGCCGCAGAUGGAGAUGGCAGAGUUGCCCUUCACCUGGCUGCAGGUGAUGGAAGUGUGCCAUGCAUACAAUUGUUGCUGGAGGCUGGAGCUAAGAAGGAUCCUCGGCAUAGCAGUGGCGCCACACCCUUGCACUAUGCAGCUCAGAACGGCUGUUCGGAGGCAGCCACGCUCUUAUUGGAUGUGGGAGCUGAAGGAGAUGCUGCAAGAACUGAUGGUGCCACUCCGUUGCAUGUUGCUUCCCUUCACGGACGAUUGGACGUGGUACGUUUGCUGAUGGAGCAUGGUGCCAACAAAGACCGGGCGACGGAAGGCGGCGAUUGCCCCGUCCACCUGGCAGCACGGCAGGGGCAUUUGGACGUGCUGCGUUUCUUAUUGGAGCAGGGCGCACGGCUAGAUGUGCCCGCAGGCCAUGCAGGUGAGACUCCUCUGCUCCUUGCAGCAUGGCAUGGCCACAUUGAACUGGUGCGUUUUCUGCUUGACUUUGGUGCCGCUGUCAACUUUGCAGCCCGUGAGUCCGGUGCCACGCCGUUGCAAAGCGCAUCGUGGAACGGCUAUGCCGAAAUUGUGCGACUUUUGCUGCAGCGAGGUGCUGAGAAAGAUCAGGCGACCACUGACAAUGGCAUCGCUGCUCUGCAUUUGGCCGCGAGGCAAGGGCACUUGGAGGUGGUGAAAGUGUUGCUGGAGUUCGGCGCUGACAAGGACAAGAUGGCCGCGAACAGAACGACGCCGCUGCAUUUGGCUGUUCAAGAAGGUCGCUUGGAGGUGGUACGCCUCUUGAUUGAAGCUGGAGCAGAUAAAGACGCCAGCACGACAGACACUCGCCUGACCGCAUUGCAUAUGGCGUGUCGCACCGGAAACGUGGCGAUUCUACGGCUCUUACUCGAGAAAGGUGCCGAGCCAGACAGAGCGGUUGGAGGCCGAGGGGCUACACCUUUGCAGAUGGCUGCGGACAAUGGCCAUGUGGAAGCUCUGCGAAUUCUCCUGCAGGCUUUGAGCAAAGACUUUGCUCGAUAA